AUGAUCAUCGUCGACAGGUCCGGAGUCCACCGGCUUGAGGUGCGAUGCUGCAGCUGUCCCGAUGCAAUGAGUCCAGACAUUCAAAUGUUUCAACACAGCUUGUUCACUGCAUCUUUCAACAGGCCGAAGACCUUGUUCACAUUCAGCGUUCUCAAUGAUUUUCUGCUGGACAACCUUGAAUGUGGCACCUCGGCAAUGAAUUAUUACAACAAGCUUCGGCGAAUGACCUCGAGCACAUUUCCACACCUUGUGCCAGAUCGAUACCGAGAGCUCAUGAGGGUCUCCCGGCAGGGGCAACACUUGAAGAACAUGAAGUGGCAUGGCUUCAGCCAUCAUUCCAACCACCACGAGCCAGGGGACCUAGCAUUGUUCUGCCCGGCAUGUCCUCAGCCCGGCAUUAAUCUAUCUCUGACGACAGAAGAAUCACUUGAUGACUGGAAAUACACCAGGUCGUUCGUGAUGGAUGAGAACUUCAAAGCAGAACACCUGCAUCCAAUCAACCCAGACGAUGAAGUAUGGUUGUCCGAUGGAUUUGGAUUUAUGGUUGGAAAGGACAGGUACCAGAGGCAUCUUGCACAUCUUCACACUCGGGUCAAUCGAGGUCCAUUCUUGACAAUGGUUCCGGAGCUGACCAUAGUUCCCGGAAUUGGGCUUUGGCAUAUCCAUGGACAUCAGGACAGCUGCUAUGUGAGAUAUGUGUCGAACUUCAUUGAAGGCAUAGGUUGCAUCGAUGGAGAGAUCAUGGAGACCCUGUGGGCCCCCCUCAACCUCAUAUCUCCUUCCGCUCGGGGAAUGUCAUCGCCACAUAGAAAAGAAUAUGAUUCACAUGAAAAGGAUGCUCUGCCGGAAAUUCAAAGGGGCGAAGUGUGGCAUCGCCGAAAGUGGGAAGGCAUUUGA